GCCGCGAUUCCAAUGUCUUUUGUCUUUGUCCCUUUCUGGAGGAACCGACUGCUGACAGAAUGUCCUGAAUUCUCUUUUGGGGGGCCCUCCCUUCCCAACAGAGACAAGGCUGGUGGUGUGCUUGCCGCACUGAUGCACGGUAGACCGCUUCUCCGGAAGGUCCCGUCGUCCCGGGUCACGUACGCGACGCGAGACAGUGCCUUGCGAUAUCUGCGGUGGUCGGAGGAGCACAACGUACAGUCCCUUGGCACCACGGUGCCGAGGGUAUACGCGGCGUGUUACGGGAUGAAACAAGACGAGGUACCACCCUCAAUGCAAAACCAGAGUUUCCCGAUGAUUUACGGUCUUCCCCUCUCGUGGCGUCUCGUUCCUCAGGAUGAUUCCAAGGAGGAGAGAGCAGAAUGGGGCCAGAGGCAUGUCGAGAACAUGCUCCAAAACCUCCUACUGCGAGUUAUGGUCCCCCCCGGUGGACGGCCUCACUGGCGGAACAAGAUUCGCGCCCAAGAGUGGUUCCCGUUCAACAUGUGGACCUUCUUCCGCGCCCUCGUACAUCUCCAGGAUCUGGGGUUCGACAAAGAGAGCCUCUUCAGAGGAACCAACUACGUGCUGUCGCGCACACAUAUCACAAGUGAGUACGGACUGAAGAGUCACGCGUCUGACAACCGCCACGGAAGCUGGUAUGUGAUGACCUCGGUCGAUCUCCAGCCGUGGAGCGCCGAGUUGACGACGCAGUGCUGCCUCUGGCAAGGUCUCCUGGACUUCGUCGUCGGGCGGGAUAAGGACGACACGCUGCUGCCGCACCAGAUCCACAAGUACGGCGUGAAGAUAGCGGCGCGGGGGAAAGAGUUCACGGACGAGAGACCGGAGCACAUCGUCGUCUUCGUGCGCAGGGUGCACGCCUUUCCGAUGGACGACCUCCACGGCAUCCUCACGGGGACUGUGGACAGGGAGCUGAGGGACGUGGCGAGUUCGAUCCGGAACGAGCACUGCCACAUUGUCACCGUAUGGGAGUGGUACGAGGUGGAGGAGCGUGCGGUUUUCUGGAUGCGCGACGACGUGAUGGAGGAGAUGUUGCGAGACUACCCGACGUGGGACGCGAUGGUCUACAGGACGGAUGUCUGGACGCCUGUUCUCGGGCCGGACAAGACCAGCCCUCUGGACAUUGUCAAGUGGGAGCAGUGGGGGGACCAAGACAACAUGUAGGGCGGACGGAGAGGGAAUGAUGAUGGUGGAUGGAACUUUGUAUCGCUAGAGGACGUCGGAGGAUAGGGGCGGGCACUGCUUUCUUUACUCCGUUUGACUCUGCUAUAGCCAAUCGAGUCCAUUAUGAUUUGAGAAAGGGAAAGGGGAAUAUUGUACAGAGUAUCGAAAUAGAUAAAAUGAAGUCGAG